AGCAAAGGUGAUGGAUAUGCUGGUGGAUACUGCAAGUGAUCCAAUAGCGAAUAUGCAUCUCAUACAUACCCUAUGCCGCUUAGGAGUGUCUCAUCAUUUCGAAAAUGAAAUAGAAAAGCAAUUAGCUCACCAUUUUGUCACGCUUGGUGAAGUCUUUGACCAUGAUUUACACAAACUGCAGUCGUAUUUCAAGUUUUCAGAUUCCAUGGUUAUAACAUGUCUUCUGAUGUUUUUAACAAAUUUAAGGAUGCGAAUGGUAAGUUUAAAGAUAGUGAUAUAAAGGGGAUUAUUAGCUUACAUGAAGCAACCCAGUUUAGGAUAAAUGGUGAUGCUAUUUUAGAUGAAGCCCUGACUUUCACGAAACCGGAGUUGCAGUCCAUUGCAAGCCAUUCAAUUGAUCCGCAUCUUUCUGAAUACAUUGUAAAUGCCCUGAAUUAUCCCAACCUCAAAGACGUGCAAAGACUAGAAGAAAGGAAAUUCAUCUACUUUUAUGAAAUGGAUGCAUCAAGAAACAAGACGCUGCAUGAGUUUGCUAAAUAUGAUUUUAACUGGAUCCAGAUGCUACAUCAACAGGAACUAAUAGCACUAUGCAGCUGGUGGAAAGAAGAAAAUAUGGCAUCAAAGUUUACAUAUAUUCGAAACAGAGUUGUCGAUUCCUACUUCACGGCAGUUGGGUAUUACUUUGAACCACGUUAUGCGCGUGCUCGCUACAUAUUUGAUGUUACAGCCAUGGAUAAACUUCCAGCAGAUUAUCUAAAACUUCUAUAUAAGACAAUAUUAGAUGUUCAUGAUGAAUUCAAGAAAACAGCGGAAGCUAAUUAUGAACAGCCGCGGUGGGUGCAUGAAGGAUAUCAGCCAACUUUUCAUGAGUUUUUAGAAUCUGCAAUGAUAGCAGCUAGAGGCAAUGCUACUAUGGCUCAGGUCCUCAUAGGAAUUGAAGAAGCAGACGAAAAUGAAUACCAGCGUCUGAUAAAUACUGAUAACAUAAUUUAUAAAGCCAUCGACUUAUUUGCUUGUCUCUAA